ACUGCGGGAUAUAAACAAACAACAAAUAGCGUGUGCGUUCCAUUUUCACUCUACAACGAGAAGCUCAUGGGGCUUAGGCGAUUGCCUACCGAUUCGUGUCGAAUCGGUAGGCUGUCGGCCAAAAAGGUGUCGGUACGGCCGAAAAGACACGACGGUGCGGGACACACUAAUCUGAGUAGGGCGACAGGACGCUCAUCGUUGGCCUGACAUCCAUCGACAGCCAAAAUCGGCUUGGUGUGUCCGGGGCUAAACAGCCUUACACGGCAGGAAGUGAGGGACAGGGACCACAGGACAGGGUAGUUAUCUAACUGUUUGUAGUCUGAUAAACAGUAAAUUGAUCAAAUUUAGUGCCAGAAUAGACGUGAGAUUACUUGAGAGUUAUUGAGAAGGGGACAUCAAACAUCCAUACUCAGACGCAUUGAUGUACAUCAACGCUUUCACCAUUCCGAAGUGGCUAAAUCUAAACAGAGUUUUAAAAACGUUUAACGCAGGAGGGACUGCAGACUACUGGGAGACAAGUAAAUCAAUAACACCCUAAGCAAUUAAAUGACAAUCAAAGUAGUUUACUUAUCAUUUUCUGUCCAUCACUCAUUUGUUCAUCAAGUUAUUGUUGUAGAUAUAAGGUUUUUGUUUUAGAAAAGGUAAAGAAAUAUAAGCACUGUGAGUGUUACCACCUCCCUCAUGCUGCUGGAGUGAGACAGAGGUAGGCAAUCUUCAGAUUUGCUGUGAAAGACAUACAGCAUUCAGAGGUUAGCAGCCUCUCAGCAAUAAUCCCAUUCCUUUAGUGUGAUGCAGCAAAGACUCAGUAACAUUACUUCGUUAACUCCCUACAAGGUACUUUAGCUGCCAGAGUUCACCUCCACCUGGUGGACCACCUCACCAUGACAAAGUAAAACGAUGUUAACAAUGGCCUGGCGCAUGUGGUCAAAACUUUGCUGUGGUCAAAAGGGGCUGCUCUUCCUCUUUCCCCUCUUCCUCCUCUUCCUCGCGAUCUUUGUGAUGGCUAUGACCCAGCCCCGUCCUUUGCCGCGCUCUGACAUGGACUGGAGGUCGUCCCGAGCCCUGAGCUCCACCGGGGAGCUGAGACCCAGGCCCAGAGACAUGAAUUCACCCCCUGUUUCUUCUAACCAGCUGCAACUCACUCACAUCCAGAGCAGGACCCGGAAACCCUCUCCAAAAGACUCAUUUAAACAUUCAGUGCCAGCUAAACCUGUUGCUCGUGAGGACAAAAACAACAUAAAAGACAGAGGUCACCCAGACUUUGUCAGAAAUAAACAUAAAAACAAUGGCAUUGCUUCAAAAAGAAAAGAAUUGGCAGGCGCCAAUCUCUCUCGGUUUACAGUUAACAACACAGGGCCAAAACAUAGAAUUAAGCCAAGCGACCACGGUGCUGUGGUGAAGCACUCUGCACGGGUAAAUGGCAGUCAGGCAGCCAGAUGGCACAGGAAAGCAGACACACCAAUACAAAGUGCAAAGCUAGGUCAACAUCACAAGGAAAACAACAGACCAGCAACAAAUCACUCUGGGAAAUCUGGCAAAGUCGCUAAGGAUUGGCAGGCUGUGAAAAAGUCCUCUAGGGAUCUGAAAAAACAACACAAUCCCUCGGAAGAGAAGGAAAAGAAUCCUGGCUCGGCUUUGUCCAACCAAAAGACAGCCAUGAAGAAAAAGGAGGGCGCCUGGUGUCGGAGCUUCAGAGAGCAGGACUUCCCAGGCAGUGACCGGAGGAGGAUCAGGGUCAGCGCAGAGCUCCAGCCCUGGCUCAGCAAGGAGGACAUCCAGAAGAUGGAGCUCCUGGCAGGGGGCCAGGUGGUCAGUAAGGCCAGGGUGCCAGCACAUGGACAGGUGCUCCAAGUGGCACUGGAUCCUCCUGCACCCCAGCAGAAGAGUGAUCCACCUUCCCAAAGCCAUGCAGAGACCCACAGUGAGCGCUGCCAGCAGGGGCUUUGCUCCCUGGUCAAACGCACUGAGGACUGGUUUGAAGUGUUCUCCUUCCAUCUGGACCGGGUGCUGGGACUCAACAGGAGUCUCCCUGCUGUGCUGAGGACUUUCCACAGUGACAUUUUACCGUACCGAUAUAUCAGCGGCACACCCAGACCUGUAGUGUGGUGGGAUCCAGACAUUAAACACCUGGCUGAUAAAGACAAUGACCAGAACUCAGUACCGCUCAGCUGGGCCAGGUACCAGAAGCUGCUGCAGGCCCACUGUGGGAGUGAAGCAAACCUGAAGACAGCGCCCUGUGUGGGAGUAGACCACCCAGAGUGGGGGAGACUGGCUCUCUUCGACUUCUUAUUACAGGUAAAUGACCGGCUGGACAGGUACUGCUGUGGCUUUAAACCCGACCCAACAGACCUCUGUGUGGAGAACAUGCUGUACACCAAGUGUGGCAACACCAAGGAACUGCUGCUGGUUCACAUCCUGGUGAGGAGGGCUGAUCCCUCCAGACUGGUGUUCAUAGACAACGCAGGCAGACCGCAGCAGUCCGCCAACAACCUGAACUUCAGGCUGGUCGAGGGCAUUGAUGAGUUUCCAGAGAAUGCAGUGUCGGUGUUUCAGUCAGGCUGUCUGGAGAGUCUUCUGCUGCGCUCCCUGUACACAGACAGGGAGUUCUGGGACAGCCAGGGUGGUGCCAGCGGCCUCAGGACUCUCAUCCACACUGUGGAGCAGAGAGGGAAGAUCCUCCUCCAGCACAUCGGAGACAAGAAGCUACACGUCAACAGAGACCUGUGACCGGCUGAGCCAACAACUGAAACACACCAUGCUGGUUGAUAAGCUGAUUUUAAAGAUGACAUUUUAAUCAAAUAAAGAUCAUACUGCAGCAAAAUAGGUUUUGAGUGACAGAAGCCUAACAAAUGGUAAUGGUUCAGCCAAUCAAAGAGCUCAGCAGACACUCAAUGUAACGCAAUGACAACCUCAGGGUACAUGGACCAAUCUAUCAAAGUCUACUUAAAUCACGAGUCAUCCGGUUAACAGUCAAAUAUGACCUUCAGAGGUAUUUAAAUAUUUGCUAAAAAGCUACGAUAUUCAGUGUACAUGUAUUGACAGCAAAGCUAGCAGGCGCACCAAGACACAAUGUAAGAGUUAGCUGUUUGCCCUUAUGGGUUAGCUGUUAGCCAUUUAAAGUUACCAGUUAGCUGUUACCUGUAAACUGUAAUCUGUUACCAGUUAGCCGUUACCAGUUAGCUGUAAGCUACAGCUCCCACAUUGUUGGAUUUGUUGGGCUUUUUUUUUUUGGUCAGGCUAAUGUCACCUUGACCCUUAUGAUAAUUACUGUUUAUGCAAAUAUGUUUAAAAUUACAUUAAUUCUUUGAAUAUUUGCAAAGAAUUCUCAGUUGACAGUGAGUUUACGACUGGUUAAAGCACAGACAGAAGACAUAUUUUGGGUAGAGUUUAUGUUUUUCUAUUUCUUAUGCUGGUAAUAUUGGGUUAUGAAAAAGAUAUCUGGCUGCUCACAUUAACAGUUAAGUCAUGAAUAGAUGUUUAUCAGAUUCAUAUUUUCUGACUAUAAGCUACGUCAUUAUCAAGGAAAACAAUUAUCACUACAGCUUGCAAUCAUCCGCAGUCAUUAUUACAGUAGAGUCAAAGGGGUUUUUAUAAUAACUGAUAAAGUUUAUUAAGUUGAACACAUCUCUUUGUUCCAUUGGAGGAGUUUUAAAAAAAAGUUUGAGUGAAAUGACAAAGCAACCAUCCUGCUGCAGGAGUGAUUGAUUUGUUGUGUCUGUUUUUGUGAGAUAAGUGUUUCUGCUUUUAUUAGAGGGAUUACAAAUAUCUGCCAGCCAAUAGUUUCCGGACUGGAUUCAGGAAGCUUUUUGAUGUAAAUGUGCUGAAGUAUGUAAAUAUAUAUUUUAAUUGUAAGUACCUGUCCAUGCAAAUUGCUGAAUAGCACAGCAGUGAAGCAAAAGAUAAAGGAGUUUAAUAAAGCUGAUGUUUACCGUCUGAAUGACACAUUUCUAAAGCUUAAUAUUUUUGGGGUAUUUGAGUCUUCUAAAAAUAUGUCACUUGAAGCUUUACCCGCUCUGAAUUAAAAUUCCAGUUAAACUACAUGGCUCCCUCUUUGAUCAGAGAAUAAAUGGUUCAAAUGUGA